GCAAGAGGCAUCAUCGGGGAGAGUGCAAGGGGCAGGGAUGCUUUCAUUGUGGCAUGCCCGGGCACUUCAAGAGGGAAUGUCCCCAGCUCCGGCCAGAGGCACCGAGAGCUCCAGCGAUGCCCACUCCAGCCAGGGUAUUCGCGAUCACGCAGGCUGAUGCAGAUGCCAGCCCAUCAGUUGUUACAGGUCAGAUUCUUAUUAACGACUCGUUUUAUUCAGUGCUGUUUGAUUCUGGGGCUACACGUUCUUAUGUGGCGGCCAGAGUCUUUAGUAAGUUGGGUAGACCCUUUGAUAGAUAUGAGUCAGGGUUUGGAACCUUGUUACCUGGCGGAGAAUUGGUUAUCUCCAAUAGGUGGAUUAGGUCUAUGCCGAUCAGGAUAGAUGGUAGAGAGUUAAGCGCUGAUCUGAUAGAGAUGAGCUUAGUCGAAUUCGAUAUUAUUUUAGGAAUGGAUUUCCUAUCUAAAUAUUCGGCGAGCAUUGAUUGCAAGAGGAAGAUGGUGGUCUUCCAACCGGAAAGUGAAGAACCGUUCGUAUUUGUGGGUUCGGUUCAGGGAUCUCGGAUCCCGGUGAUCUCGGCUAUGUCAGCGAGAGAAUUAUUGCACGGUGGGUGCUUAGGGUUUCUGGCCGUGGUGGUGGACACCACUCGGCCAGACACCGUUCGGCCAGAGGACAUCAGAGUAGUUCGGGAAUUUUUGGACGUUUUUCCCGACAAGUGA